UUAUUGACAUAAUUGCUCGUUGGUGUCCUCACUGUAGGCCGAAACAAGUGGCUCAGACUCAUUUUUCUAAUGUAAAAUGUUCUCACGGUCUUACGGAUUGCCAGAUUCACAAAUGAGCACAGACGCAUUAUAGCGCUAACAUUUUAACGCAGUUCGGCGUGACGUUCCUACCGCACAGGACGGAGCGGUUGAAGCGGCUGGAUUAGGUUGGAUUUCAUUGAAAGAAGAGUUUGUUGGUGUGCUGGCUGUACGCCGAGGUAAAGAGGACAUCGUGUGGAUUUGUUAGACGUUUGAUUUUUAAGGGUUUUCUGAUUCUCACUCUCAUUAAGUAGUAAAGGAAUUCUGUAAUGGAAGUUCUGAACUGAAUCUGGCGUAACAGGACCAAACAGGACGAUGUUUGGAUGUAUAUCAGUGAAAUAAAUGCUGUGGGAUGUUCUGAACAUUCGCCGAAAUGAAAAGUGUUGUGUUUGAUGUCUGAACAUCUUAGGGUUUCAGCUGUAACCGACUGCUGAGUUAACUAGCGUGGGGGAAAGCGUUAAAACGGUAUUUUUUAAAACAGAGUCUGGCCUAACGUUUUACCCGUGUAGGAGCGAGCCGGUCAGGUUUGGGAACGGCUCAGCUGAUGGUCGGCUGGCUGUAGGAUCCGCUCCCUGCUCUCAUAACGAGCUCACACACAAUUUCUAUUUAACAGAUGUUUGACAGAAAAGUGGAGAUUUGACAUAAAUAAUCGUCCGUCGGAGGGAGAAAUGUGCGCCGAACAGAAGAACUGACGCUGAUAAAACGCCGGGCUUUUCACUGUGAGACUCUCACGUUGCUUGAGUUGCAGAUAAGCGAAGAUUUUUUUUAAUUACUCUCUUUUUGAACGGAGUCUGGCGUGACGUCCCCUCCGCCCUGGACAGCUCGAGCAGGGAUCUCCUUGGAAACGGUUAGUGACAGUAACCCCCGCCGCCCCCCUCAUGGUGAAGUUCUCCCACUAACAACCAGUGAGGAACAACCAGUGAGGAACAACCAGUGAGGAACUGGUUCCCAGUGAGCAGAUGUUCUCCAGCAGGAUGACUGGGAACCAGUCCAGCCUGCUGUUCGGACCGCUGGAGGACCUGCAGGAACUCGCCUUCAUCGAGAGGCCGAUCCGCAGGAGCCUCAAGACGGCGGAGGAGAUCGAUCAGCUGACUGUGGAUGAAGACCUGAACGACAUUGAGAGGGCAGUCUACCUGCUCAGUGUGGGUCAGGAGGUGCAGAGAGCCAGUGUCAUCAGUAACCUGCCGAGCCUCGUCCGCCAGAAUCCAGCUGAGACGUUUCGUCGGGUUGUACCGAAGGUCAGGGAGGUCUUGAACGGAGCCGGAGCAGAAAUCCAGCUGGCGGCAGCAGCGUCGUUUUUAACUAUCCUGCAGGAUGACAUCAUCCUAAUCCACACCCACACCUACUCCAUCCUGAAGACUGUGCUGCUACACCUGAACCACAGAGACACAGUGGUGAGCAACGCCUGGUUGGAGACUCUGCUGUCGGCCAUCAAUGCUCUGCCCAGGGAGACUAUCAAACAGGAGGUGCUGAACCCUCUCCUCUAUCAGUCUCAGCUGUCUCACUCCCUUCAGGCUCGUUUGGCCAGCUGUCGCAUUUUAGGGAAAGUCGCCUGCAAGUUUGAUUCUCACAUAGUGAAGAAGGAGCUGCUGCCGUUGAUUCGUUCUUUAUGUCAGGACGUGGAAUUUGAGGUCCGGGCCUGUAUGUGCCGACAGCUGGAGAACAUCGCCAGAGCAACCGGGGUGGAUGACACCAGGACUGAGCUGCUUCCUGAACUGGUGGAGCUCGCCGAAGACGAGGAUAGCAGUGUUCGCCUUGCUGCCUUCGACACCAUCAUCAACUUGAUGGAGAUGAUAGACAGUGAUGACAGACUCCAUGUGGUGGUUCCCCUGGUUAUGUCGGUAUGUGAGGUGUCAUCACAGGCAGACGAAGCUGUCGUGGCGUCUUUGUCGUUCCAGUUUGGGAAGCUCUGCAGUGGACUGGCAGGCUCUCUGUCAGAUGAGCAACAGGGCCGCUUGCUGCAGAGGUUUAAGGUCCUGUGUGUUGCUGGUCUGCAGACCGAAGGGAACCAGACUGAUGGCAACAACGAGUUGACACUGAUCCGCUGCAACUGCUGCUACAACUUGCCGGCCAUGGUGGUGUUUUCUGACUCAGCUCAUUUUCUGUCAGAGCUCUACCCAUCUUUCUCCAGUCUCUGCUGUGACCCAGAGGUCAGCGUUCGACGGAGUGCUGCAGCCAGUUUCCACCAGGUGGUGAAGCUACUGGGUUCCAACGUCCAGCUGGUCCACAAAGAGCUGCUGGCUCUGCUGCAGGACGACGCUCUGGAGGUGUUGGAUGCUCUAAUGAAUCACCUGGAGGAGACAUUGGAGGCGGUUCUUUCGAGAGGAGACAACCUGACACUGGACAACAAGUUUCCGGAGCUGUUGGCGGCUCUGCUGCUGGCAGAGCAGAAGGUUGGAUGUUCUCUGCGCUGGCGGCUGCACGAGAAGCUACUGCAGCGUUACAGCUGCCUGGCCAGACUGCUGCCUGGAGAACUGCUACACCAGAGCUUCUCCCCACGCAUCUUCAUCAUCCUCACCACCAACAAGGUGUUGCCAGUUCAGAAGGAGGCGGCUCGGACAUUCUGCACGUUCCUCCGUUACAACCGCAAACAAGAGCAACGUCAAGAGAUGAUGGAGAGGCUGAUCCAGGAUCUGGCUCAGGGGCGUAGCUACUGGAACCGUCUGAGGUUCCUUGAUGUUUGUGAAACAGCCACCGAGAUUUUCUCCAGAAAAUACUUCAACAAGCACUUCCUGAUCCCGGCACUGGAGCUGGUCCACGACCCGGUCGCCAACGUCAGGUACAAGCUGUGCCAGCUGUUGCCCAGAUUGCGUUCGUCACUUCGCCUGCCAGCCGACAAGCAGCUGCUGCAGCAGCUCGACUUCUGUGUCCAGAAACUGCUCUGCAGAGAGAAAGACAAGGACGUGGUGGCCACCAUCCGCAAGACAGUGUUGGAACUGGACAAACUGGACCUCACAGAGCCUUUUCACAAGAGGCAGGAGAGGGAUUUACUGGACCAGAAGAAGGAGAAGGAGGAGACUCUGCUGCUGGAGAUGGAACAGCUCGAGCGCCAACAGAGCGAGGGGAAACUGAACUCCGAGAAACACAUUGAGAGAAAACGAAGAGACAGUAAGACCAGUCUAUCUGCUACCAAAUCCAUGUCUGUGUCCUCGUCUGGAGCCGCCUUGUCCUCCUCUGGUAAAGAUAUGAGAAAGGCUAAAUUGUCGCGGAGUCGAUCCCUCAGCAGUCAGCCAACAACGUCCAAAUCUACCAACUCAGACCGACCCCUGAAGGUGAAAGAGCUAAGCAGUAGUUCUGUACCUGGGAAGUCCUCAAUGUUGUCGAGCAAAGACGACUCCCUGAGGACAGCCCACUUCACCAUGGCAACCCAGUCCACCUCCUCCAUGCCGGUCCUGAUCCGCAGCAACACCACCAGCCUCCUGGACAGGGCCAGCACGCUGGACCACAGAACCGGCACCCUAGACCAGAGGGAUCAUAGAACCAUUACUCUGGACCACAGAGCCAGUAACAUGGACCAGAGAGACCACAGAACCAGUAACAUGGACCAGAGAGACCACAGAACCAGUAACACGGACCACAGGAACAAUAUGAUGGAGCAGAGAACCGGUACAAUGGACCACAGAACCAGUACCCUGGACCAGAGAGACCAUAGAACCAGUACCCUGGACCAGAGAGACCAUAGAACCAGUACCUUGGACCAGCGCAGUAAAACGAUGGACCGUGGCUGCGGGGUGAAGGACAGCCAGUCCAGAAAGCUGUCGAUAAACAGGAAGUCAAACUCUUUCAGCGUCCAGUCAGGACGAGACUGAAGAUGACAAUGUCAUACCUCCACCAGGCCAUCAGCCGAUCAACAGUCAGGGAGCGGUUUCCAUUCAAACAGCAGCUUCACGAGUUAAAGGACGAAACACGCUUCAGAACAUUACCCAGAAUGCAACAGGACUGCCUCCUCUGUACCUCACAGAGACUGCUUUUAUUUUCUCAGCACUGUGUAUCCAACGAGCUCAUCCUGUCACCUGAUUGGUUCAGUAAAUGCCUCAUACAAACUG